CGCAGAUAAGCCAGACGGUAAUCGAGAGAGGUCUCCCUGGUCCCCCAGGCCCCCCGGGUCCGCCAGGGCCGCCAGGAGUUCCUGGUAUCGAUGGCAUUGAUGGAGAGAGAGGUCCAAAUGGCCCCCCCGGUCCACCGGGUCCAGAUGGGGAUGCAGGCAAACCAGGAUCCCCUGGCCUGCCUGGAGAGCCGGGAGCUGAUGGAUUCACAGGGCCUGAUGGCUCACGUGGAGCCACAGGACCAAAAGGACAGAAGGGUGAGCCAGGACAGCCAGGUGCUCGUGGACUUCCGGGCAAGGGGCUUCUUGGACCACCUGGUCUGGCUGGUGCGGCAGGACUUCCUGGGGAAGUAGGUCGUGCUGGUCCACCUGGAGAUCCAGGAAAAAGAGGGCCACCAGGGCCACCAGGACCACCAGGUCCUCGGGGAACAAUUGGCCUGCAAGAUGGUGACCCGUUGUGUCCCAAUGCUUGUCCACCUGGCCGCCCAGGUCAUGCUGGCUUAAUGGGAAUGAAGGGACAGAAAGGUUCAAAAGGAGAGUCUGGUGAACCAGGAAAACAAGGUUAUAAGGGUGAAGAAGGGGACCAAGGACCCAGUGGUGAAGUGGGAGCUCAAGGCCCUCCAGGCAUCCUAGGUAUCAGAGGUAUAACUGGUAUAAUGGGACCUAAAGGCACUAAAGGAGCUCGUGGGCUUGAUGGUGAGCCAGGUCCCCAAGGUCUUCCUGGUGCACCUGGGGAUCAAGGACAGAGAGGUCCACUGGGAGAGGCAGGUCCAAAGGGAGAAAGGGGCCCUCAAGGUACAAGAGGAAUAAAUGGUCUCCCUGGGCCUAAAGGAGAGUCUGGCUUACCAGGAGUCGAUGGCCGGGAAGGGAUCCCUGGAAUGCCUGGAGCAAAAGGUGAACCAGGAAAACCUGGAGCUCCAGGUGAUACAGGGCUUCAGGGACUGCCAGGUUUACCAGGCUCUCCAGGUGUGAAAGGCAUUUCUGGCCCAAAGGGUAAUAGAGGUCCCCCUGGGGUGCCAGGUUUGAUGGGAAAUUCCGGUAAACCGGGUGAACGGGGGCCAGAGGGAGAAGCAGGUCCAACAGGACCCCGGGGACCGCCAGGUAGCAGAGGGGAGCCAGGUCCUGUGGGUCCUCCAGGUUUACCUGGGAAAUGGGGUCCCCAGGGUGAUAUUGGGCUUCCUGGACUGCCAGGUCCUCCAGGCCUACCUGGUGGUAAGGGUGACCGGGGUUCAGUGGGUGAACCAGGACCUAAGGGUGAACAAGGUGCACCUGGAGCAGAAGGAGAUGGAGGAGAAAAGGGUGACUUGGGUGAUAUGGGAUUACCAGGAGCAAAGGGAGCUGUUGGUAAUCCUGGAGAUCCUGGUUCCCGUGGGCCUGAGGGAAGUCGGGGACUGCCUGGCAUGGAAGGGCCACGAGGCUCACCUGGACCACGAGGCUUGCAGGGUGAACAGGGUGCCCCGGGUCUGCCUGGCAGCCAGGGUCCAGCUGGAAAAGAACCAACCGAUCAGCACAUUAAGCAGGUUUGCAUGCGAGUCAUGCAAGAACAACUAGCUCAGCUGGCAGCCAGUCUUAGGAGGCCAGAAUUUGGUGCUCCAGGUCUUCCUGGCCGACCAGGGCCACCAGGUGCUCCAGGGCCUGCUGGCGAAAAUGGCUUCCCAGGACAGCUUGGACCCCGUGGCUUGCCUGGCCUUAAAGGUCCGCCUGGUGAGAUCGGUCGUAAAGGGCCUAAAGGUGAACCAGGAGAAAGAGGAGAAAGAGGAUUUCCAGGCAGAGGACCGAAAGGUUACCCUGGACCAAGAGGUCUUCCAG